AUGGUUGAGAAGGUCCGACCUUUAGGGGAGACUUUGGGUGAGGAGCCCAAAGCUGUUACUGCUAGGACCAUUAAUAGGUCAUCUGAAUCUGCUAGUGGAUCUGGCCAGAAGGCCAAGAGAGGUGAUCAGGGAAGUGUUAUGAUGCCGUUGUGCGAGCAUUGCAACUGUAGGCAUCCUGGGAGAGGCCGUGACAAAGGUGAUAGUGGUAGAGGGUUUGGGCAGAGAGGAGCUGCUCGAGUUGAGACUGGAGGUCCAACUAGAGCAUAUGUAGUUAGAAAGCCCCAGACUAGAGAGGCCAUAAACGUCAUCGUAGUUGCAUUCACACUACAGUCUUUUUCUCUUCUAGCUUUAGUAGAUUCUAGUGCUAUGAGAUCAUUUAUUUUGAGAGAUGUCACUAGAGAGUUGGGGGUUUUUGUAGAGACAUCUAGGUUGGGUGUUACUGUGAGGAGUCCGCUAGGUGAUAGUGUAAUAGUUAAUCAGGGAUUUGAUGUUAUCCUUAGGAUGGAUUGGUUGACCGAGCAUCGAGUGAAGGUCGACUGUGAGGCAAAGUUGGUGACUCUAUGUUGUGCUGAUGGCUCUGAGAUUGUUGUUGUUAAAGAAAGGGACUUAAGGUUGGAUAAGAUUCAUGCAGUCUAUGAUUUCUCGGAUGUUUUUCUUAAGGAGUUGUCUGGUAUUCCACCAAAUAGAGAAGUUGAGUUUGGUAUUGAGCUCUAUCCUGGUAUGGCUCCAAUGCCAAUUGCGCCUUACCAUAUGGCACCUAAGGAGUUGAAGCUUCAAUUGCAGGAGUUGUUGGAUCGGGGUUUUAUUCAAUCGAGUAUGUCGCUAUGGGAAAUGUCAGUUCUAUUUGUGAAGAAGAAGGAUGAGACUUUGAGGUUGUGCAUUGAGUAUCACCAGCUGAAUAAGUUGACCAUCAAGAAUAAAUUUGCAUAA